CUAAUAAAAGUCGCGCCCAGCGCGCCAUGGUUGUUCUGUGCGCUGGAAAACGCCAACGGGCUUGCAAUUGUUCGCGAUGAGGCUGAAUUCCGUCGUUCCGAAUUUCCAGGCAGACAGUACGUUCGGGCCCAUUGAUUUUUACGACUGGCAGGCUAAAUCAUGGGUGGUGCUGUUCUCGCACCCAGCGGAUUUCACGCCGGUGUGCACCACGGAGUUGGGCAGAAUGGCCGUGCACUCGGCCCACUUCGAGAAGCGCAACACCAAGGUCCUCGCGCUGUCCGUCGACCAGCUCAACGACCACGUCGACUGGGUCAACGACAUCAGGUCGUACUGCCCGGACAUCCACGGCGAGUUCCCCUACCCGAUCAUCGCCGACCCCGACAGGAGCCUGGCGGUGCAGCUGGGCAUGAUCGACGAGGAGGGCAAGGACGACCCGAUGAACGCCGUGACCGUGAGAGCGCUCUACGUGAUUAGUCCCGAUCACAGGCUCAGACUGGCGAUGCACUACCCGACGUCGACUGGUCGCAACGUCGACGAAAUCCUGCGAGUGAUCGAUUCGCUGCAGCUCGUCGACAGGAGACCCGAAAUCGUCACGCCGGCCAACUGGACGCCCGGUGACAAAGUGAUGAUCGUGCCGACGGUGAAGGAGGAGGACAUCCCGAAACUGUUCCCCGAGGGUGUCGACCGCGUGAGCAUGCCGUCCGGCAAGGUCUACGUGCGCACCACUACCAACUACUGAUCGUCCACCCGACUGGCUUUUUCUAUUAUCUCUUUAAUCAACUGUUGCGUUGUUAUGCUCAAUAAACUGAACCCGCUCCUCUC